CAUCAUCCAGACCGUGAUGCGGUCGUACCUGUUCGUGUGCAUGGACCACCUCCCCGAGGAGCUGUCUGACCAGGACUGCGUGUUCUUCCUGCGUAACGCGCUCGGGACCGUAGACUGUCCCACCGACAUGGAGGAAGCCAACGAGGCCCUCCCCAAAGUGUUUGAGUUCGGGAUCCUGAACGGGCAUUCGCUGGUCAUGCUGGAGCACAUCAUCAGUCAGGUCUACACCCCCCUACUGGCCUACAACACCCACAGAAACGGGGGCCCCCAGGCUGGUGGGGAGGACCACGGGCAGGAGGAGGGGGAGUUCAACAUUAAGGAGUCUCAGACCAGGGCACUGCUGAGGGACGAGUUUCUCAUCAACAUGCAGAAGUUUACAGGCCACAUCAGCCGCACGAUUGGUCAGAUUGAGGGUGAAGUUCGGCUGGAAAUUCCCGAGCUGAACCUGGAGGGGUCAGAGGUCGACUUGGCCAAGGAUUCAGCUCUUGUGGAAGAGAUAGAGAAUGCGACGUCGAGUUGGGAGCGGCAGAUCCACCAGGCUUUGGAGCACCAGCAGAAGAAAACUCCGCAGGGGAACGGUCCGCUGGCCGAGAUCGACUUCUGGAGGGAACGUAAUGCCGCCCUCAGCGCACUGCACGAACAGCUCAAAAUUCCUGUCGUCAAAAAGAUGCUGACCAUCUUGACCAAGGCAGACAGCUCCUUUGUCCAGUCGUUUGAGUCAGAGAGAGCCGACCUCACCAAGUUCUACGUGGAGGCGAAAGACAACGUCAGGUUCCUCUCUACACUGGAGAGACACUUCAAGAACCUGACGCAUGGUACAGGGUUCAACGUAGUCCUGGACACCAUCCCUUCGCUGAUGAACGCCUUGCGGAUGGUGUGGAUCAUCUCCAGACACUACAACCGUGACGAGCGGAUGGUGCCUCUGAUGGAGCGCAUCGCCUGGGAGCUGGCCGAGCGCGUCGCAAGGGUCAUCAACAUCAGGACUAUCUUCAAAGAGAAGACAGAACAGGUAAAAAGCAGAACCUCGGAGGCCAAGAAGACCCUGGAGCUGUGGAAGGAGUGUUACUUCGACGUCAGAGCGAAGAUUGAGGCUUCCGGAAGAGACUCCAGAUGGGAGUUUGACCGCAAGAAACUGUUUGAGAGAACAGACUACAUGGCUUCUAUCUGUCAGGAUAUCUAUGACAUCGCACAGGUCCUUGAAGAAUUCUACAACAUCUUCGGCCCUGAGCUGAAGGCUGUUACGGGAGAUCCCAAGAGGAUCGAAGAUGUGCUGAAGAGAGUGGACGGGCUGGUGGAACCUGUAGAGGAGGUGAGCUUCGACCCGUUCGGUCUGCGGCACCAGAACCAGUGGAAGGCGGUCAUGGACUGGUUUAACCGGGAGGUCCUGGCCAUCGAGGGCGAGGCCAAGCACUUCAUCGACGAGUCCUUCAAGACCCUGAGGUCAGCGGAGGGCGCGUUCGACCUGCUGCUCAAGUUCAAGCACAUCCGCACGCGCGACGCCAUCAACACUCAGCUGAUGAGGAAGUUCAACGACAUCCUGCUGCAGUUCGGCAAGGAGGUGGACACGAUGAACUCCAUCUACCAGCAGUACAAGGACGACCCUCCUCUCUCCAAGAACCAGCCUCCCGUUGCCGGGGCGAUCAUGUGGGAGCGCUCGCUCUUCCACCGCAUGAAGCACGUCAUCAUCAGGUUCCAGGUGCUGGACGAGAUGCUGUCCACCGACCAGGGCAAACAGGCUCGUAUGAGAUACCUGACGGUUGCUAAGGAGAUGAAGGUGUUUGAGGAUGAGAAGUACGCUGCGUGGCGGGAGCAGGUAGAGCAGGUCCUGCCGGGGUUCCUGAAGAGAAACCUGCUGGCCAAGCCUCAGCAGAGUGAGGAGGAGGGGCAGGGCAAGGAGGAGGCUCCUGCUGCUGGUGAGGAAGGGAAGAAAGUGAAGUAUGUGGUUGACUUUGCCCCGGAGCUUUCUGAGAUCAUCACAGAGACUAAGUACAUGGAACAGCUCGGCUUCCCCAUCCCAGAGACUGCCAGGAACGUAGCACUGCAGGAGGACAAGUACAUCCGGUAUGUGGACGGUCUGCGUCACAUGCUGAACCGGUACCACUCACUACUGGGCUCACUGGAUGAAGCUGAGACCCAGUUACUGGACGAGCACAUCCGGGAGCUGCGGAGAGUCCUGCGGCCGGGCUACAAGCGGCUCAACUGGAACUCUCUCGGCAUCAACGACUACGUCUCCAGAGUACAGCAGGCCAUGGGCAAGUUUGAGUCGCUGGUGAACCAGAUCCAGAAGAAUGCACGAGACAUCAACGCUCGUCUGGGCAUGGUGGAGAGCGCCAACCUGUUCAAGAUCCCCCCUCCCAAGGCUGGCGAGACCUUACCUGGGGCCAAGGAAUUCUUUGAGUACAUAGAGCGGGAGAGGUCCAAAGACUACGAGCUUCUCGCGAGAAAAUACCGCGCGAUCGGACCGCUUCUCACCAAGAUGGAGGGUCUGGUGGUCCACACCAACACGGGGAAAUCUCCCAAACUCCACUCCUACUACAACUACUGGGAGAGAAGGGUCUACAACUCUCUUACUGCUCUUGUGAAGAGGAACCUGUCGUGGUUCUGUCGCGCCAUCACGUCCCCCAGGCCGCUGUUCCAGAUCGACGCCAUGCUGUCUGCCCCGGAGAUUGUUCUCACUCCGAACCCAAACGAGAUCUACAAACUCUGCAUGAACUGUGUCCGUGACGCUGUCGAGGGUUCAAAGCUGUUUGUGCGUUGGAUGCACGGCACCUGCAUCGAGACGCCGCCCCAGCAUGCAGAGGGCGAGGACGAGCCCAUCGUGUUCAGCUUCUUCACCGACAUCGCCGCCGACUCCUCGGUCAUCGACCUGGUUGUCACGGCCUCGCAGAACGUGCAGAAGACCCUCAUGGCGCUGAACAAGUACCUCAGCAGGUGGAAGAGAUACCGGCCGCUCUGGAAACUGGAUAAGGGCAUCAUGAUGGAGAAGUUUGCUGCCAAGAAGCCGUCCUGUGUGGCUUACGACGAGAAGCUUCAGUUCUACACCAAGAUCGCUCACGAGGUAUCAGAACAGCCUCUAGUGAAAGAUGAGGACUGUAUCCGACUCCAGCUGACUCCGCUGGCCUCCACCGUCCAGGACCACGCCAAGGCCUGGGUCACGUCUCUGGGAAAACUGCUCAACGACUCCGCCAAGGAGGAGCUCUUCACUCUCAAGACAGAGCUAGAGGGCCAGACAUCAGACUUGAAGAAGGUUCCGGACACCUUGGAGGAUCUGAAGUUUGUUCUCGGCGUGAUCGCCAACAUUAAAGACAUCUCUCUGGAUGUGGAGAUGAGAUUUGUGGACCUGCAGGAGAGAUACAGAACCCUGGGGAUGUACAAGAUAGAGGUAACAGAAGAAGAGACAGAGUUGGUGAAAGACAUGCCUCAGAUCUGGGGAGAUCUGUUCAUGGACUCCAAGUACGUCGACGCACGACUCGGGCCAGUCAAGAAGAAGUUUACUGAGAUCACCCUGCAGCAGAUUAAGGAGUACGAUAAGGACCUGAACAAGUUUGGGGAGACGUUCCAUGCAGAGGGCCCAGGAGCCGUGGGGGCUGACCUAGACAAAGGAGUUGAGAUCCUGGAGCAGUACCAGAAGGAGCUGGGUAAGUACGAGCGAGAGCGGCAGGAGCUGGCGAACGCUGAGCGACUGUUUGACCUGCCCAUCACCAUGUACCCGCUGCUGCAGCAGGUACAGAAGGAGAUGAAGGGGCUGGAGAUGAUCUACACACUCUACAAACAACAGAAGGCUGCGCGUGAGGAGUGGUCUCAGACCCUCUGGGCCAACCUGAACGUGAACCAGCUGGUGGAGGGUAUUGAAGGGUUUAUCAAGCAGCUGAAGCGCAUGCCGAAGGACGUGAAGAGCCUCCCGGUGGCCCACCACCUGGACGGGAAGAUGCGGGAGUUCCAGGCCUCCAUCCCGCUCUUCGUGGAUCUCAAACACGAGGCGCUGAGAGAACGUCAUUGGAAGGAGCUGAUGGAGAAGACAGGAAAGUCGUUUGACAUGAACCCGGAGACGUUCACACUGGAGAAUCUGUUUGCCAUGGACCUGCACAACUACGCAGAAACUAUCGCUGACAUCGUCACCUCCGCUUCCAAGGAACUCAGCAUCGAGAAGGGUAUCAAGGAGGUAGAAGAGACGUGGGCCAGUAUGAAGUUUACUGUGCACAAAUACAUCAAAGGCACGUCUGACCGUGGGUUUAUCCUGGGCUCUGUGGAUGACGUGAUGCAGAUUCUGGACGACAACGCGAUGAACCUACAGAGCAUGUCGGCCUCGCGCUUUGUCGGACCUUUCCUCCAGACCGUACAGAACUGGGAGAAGGGCCUGUCUCUCAUCGCUGAAGUCGUGGAGGUGUGGAUGGUGGUACAGAGGAAGUGGAUGUACCUGGAGAGCAUCUUCCUGGCAGGAGACAUCCGAUCACAGCUGCCAGAGGAGGCCAAGAAGUUUGAUGCCAUCGACAAGAUCUUCAAAAAGAUCAUGAAUGAAACAGCGAAGUCCCCGAUCAUCAAAUCGACGUGCCACGCGCCCAACCGCCUGUCUGACCUGCAGAACCUGAGCGACGGUUUAGAAAAGUGCCAGAAGAGUCUGAACGACUAUCUGGACUCCAAACGGAAUGCCUUUCCGAGGUUCUUCUUCAUCUCAGACGAGGAGCUUCUCAGCAUCCUGGGCAGCUCAGACCCCAACUGUGUGCAGGAACACAUGAUUAAGAUGUAUGACAACAUUGCUGCGCUGCGGUUCCAAGAAGGCUCCAACGGGGAGACCCUGGCGACGGCCAUGAUCUCAGCUGAGGGGGAGGUGAUGGAGUUCAGGUCUAACGUGGCUGCUGAGGGGCGUGUGGAAGACUGGAUGACAGCCGUGCUACAGGAGAUGAGGUCCACCAACCGUCUCAUCACCAAGGAGGCCAUCUUUAAGUACUGCGAGGAUGGCAUGCCCAGGGUUGAAUGGAUGACCCUGUACCAGGGCAUGGUAGUACUAGCUGGUAACCAAGUCUGGUGGACAUGGGAGGUGGAGGACACCUUCAACAAGGUCAAGAAGGGUGACAAGAACGCCAUGAAGAACUACGCCAAGAGGAUGCACAAGCAGAUUGACGACCUUGUGGUCAAGGUCAGGUCCGAGCUGUCGAAGAACGACCGUGCCAAGUUCAACACCGUGCUCAUCAUCGACGUGCACGCAAGGGACAUCAUUGACAUCUUCGUCAGAGACAGUAUCAUGGACAUCCGUGAGUUUGAGUGGGAGAGCCAGCUGCGGUUCUACUGGGACAGACCCAUGGAUGAGCUGAUGGUGAAACAGUGUACCGGCACGUUUGGGUACGGUUAUGAGUACAUGGGUCUGAACGGGAGGCUGGUCAUCACUCCACUUACUGACAGGAUCUACCUAACCCUCACACAGGCCCUGUCCAUGUACCUGGGCGGUGCUCCCGCCGGCCCUGCUGGUACAGGUAAAACUGAGACCACCAAGGAUCUGGCCAAGGCACUCGGCCUGCUGUGUGUGGUCACCAACUGUGGUGAAGGCAUGGACUUCAAGGCUGUAGGUAAGAUCUUCUCGGGUCUGGCGCAGUGUGGAGCGUGGGGCUGCUUCGACGAGUUUAACCGUAUCGACGUGUCCGUGCUGUCUGUCAUCUCAUCGCAGAUCAAGACCAUCCAGAACGCACUCAUCCACAAACUCAAGCGCUUCCAGUUUGAGGGCAGUGAGAUCGCGAUGGACGAUCGUAUGGGUAUCUUCAUCACGAUGAACCCGGGGUACGCGGGGCGUACAGAGCUGCCAGAGAGCGUCAAGGCACUGUUCCGCCCCGUGGUGGUGAUCGUGCCGGAUCUGCAGCAGAUCUGCGAGAUCAUGCUGUUCUCCGAAGGAUUCCUGCUUGCCAAGGUCCUUGCCAAGAAGAUGACGGUGUUGUACAAGCUGGCUAAGGAGCAGCUGUCCAAGCAGCACCACUACGACUUCGGUCUGCGAGCGCUCAAAUCUGUCCUGGUGAUGGCAGGAGAGCUCAAGAGAGGCUCACCCGACCUGGACGAGGACGUUGUGCUGAUGCGAGCCCUGCGUGACAUGAACCUGCCCAAGUUCGUGUUUGAGGACGUCCCGCUCUUCCUGGGGCUGAUCGGGGACCUGUUCCCCGGCCUGGACUGCCCCCGGGUUCGCUACCCGAGCUUCAAUGACGCUGUCGAGCAGUCACUGGAGGAUAAUGGCUACAUCCUGCUUCCACAACAGGCUGACAAGGUAGUACAGAUGUAUGAGACCAUGCUGACCAGACACACCACCAUGAUCGUGGGGCCCACAGGAGGGGGCAAGUCUGUGGUCAUCAACACACUGGCACAGGCACAAACAAGACUGGGCCUGAACACCAAGCUGUACGUGAUGAACCCCAAGGCCUGUACUGUGAUCGAGCUGUACGGUAUCCUGGACCCCAUCACGCGAGACUGGACAGACGGGAUGCUCUCCAACAUCUUCAGAGAGAUCAACAAGCCUCUGCAGGGAGAGAAGCAGGAGCGUCGAUACAUCCUGUAUGACGGGGACGUGGACGCCCUGUGGGUGGAGAACAUGAACUCUGUCAUGGAUGACAACAAGCUGCUGACUCUGGCCAACGGAGAGCGUAUCCGUCUGCAGAAACACUGCGCCAUGCUGUUCGAGGUGGGAGACCUACAGUACGCUUCCCCAGCUACCGUGUCCCGUUGCGGGAUGGUUUACGUUGACCCGAAGAACCUCGGCUACAAGCCCUUCUGGGAGAAGUGGGCGAACGGCAGGCCCAACAAGGCGGAGAGGGACGACCUGAACAGGCUGUUUGAGAAAUACGUCCCACCGGCGAUCGACAUGGUGAUAGAAGGCAUCGUGGACGGACGGCAGGGGGAGAAGCUGAAGUGCAUCGUGCCGCUGACGAACCUCAACCUGGUGGUCCAGCUGUCCAACAUGCUGAACGCCAUCCUGGUGAAGGAGGUGUCAGACUCCAUGAUCCUGGAGGCCUACUUCCUGCAGUGCCUCUACUGGUCCAUAGGGGGCGCCCUGCUGGAGGACGGCCGGGUGAAGUUUGACCAGUUCAUCAAGGGCCUGUCCCAGAUGACCACCAUCUCUGAUGAGCCUGGGAAGUACGCUGGCAUCGGGGAAAUACCUGGCGCCCAGCCGACUCUGUACGAGUACUUCUUCGAUGACGUACAGAACCGGUGGAUCCCAUGGGGCGAGCUCGUGCCCAAGUACGUCCACGACCCGGAGAAGAAGUUCAACGAGAUCCUGGUCCCCACGGUCGACACCGUCCGCUCCACCUGGCUCGUCCAGCUCAUGGUCAACAUCAAGCGCCCGGUUGUCCUGGUGGGCGAGACCGGAACGUCCAAAACAGCAACGAUUCAGGACUUCCUACGCAGUGUGGACAAAGAGACACAUCUCCUGCUGACCAUGAACUUCUCGUCGAGGACCACCUCCAUGGACGUGCAGCGGAACCUGGAGGCUAACGUGGAGAAGCGCACCAAGGACACGUACGGUCCCCCGCCCGGGAAGAGGCUCCUCUGCUUCAUAGACGACAUGAACAUGCCACAGGUGGACACGUACGGCACCCAGCAGCCCAUUGCCCUCCUGAAGCUUCUACUUGAGCGAGGCGGCAUGUACGAUCGUGGCAAGGAGCUCAACUACAAGAUCCUGAAGGACCUUGGCUACCUGGCCGCUAUGGGCAAGGCCGGUGGAGGGCGUAACGAAGUGGACCCGCGUUUCGUCUCGCUUUUCACGGUCUUCAACAUGACGUUCCCGUCGGACGAGUCCCUGCAUCACAUCUACUCAUCCAUCCUGCAAGGUCACCUCAAGCCGUUUAGUGACGAGAUUCGUGCGCUGGCCAACGGGCUGACCUCUGCGACCUUGGCGCUGUACCAGAACAUCGUGCGUGACCUUCCGCCGACCCCGUCCAAGUUCCACUACAUCUUCAACCUGCGGGACCUGUCCCGGACCUACCAGGGACUCUGCCUCACCACUCCUGACAGGUUCCAGACUGCUGCCCAGUUUGUUCGCUGCUGGAGGAACGAGACGGCCCGAGUCUUCAACGACAGACUCAUCAAUGACACGGACAAGGAGCUGGUCGUCGGCAUGAUGAAGAAUAUAUUGGAAGAGAACUACAGACAGCACACAGAAGCCGUCCUGAGGGAGCCGUGCCUGUUUGGAGACUUCCGCACGGCCCUGGAGGAGGCGGAACCACGUGUGUACGAGGACAUUCAGGACUAUGACGCAGCCAAGGCGUUGUUCCAAGAGAUCCUGGAGGAGUACAACGACAACUACACCCCGAUGAACCUGGUGCUUUUUGACGAUGCCCUGGAGCAUCUCACCCGGAUCCACCGCGUCAUCCGCAUGGACCAAGGCCACGCCCUCCUGGUGGGUGUGGGUGGAUCCGGCAAGCAGAGCUUGACGAAGCUCGCCUCCUUCACCGCUGGCUGCGACAUCUUCGAGAUCACGCUGAGUCGCGGCUACGACGAGACCAACUUCCGUGACGACCUGAAGAUCCUGUACGGCAAGCUCGGCGUGGAGAACAAGAAGACCGUGUUCCUGUUCACAGAUGCACACGUGGCACAGGAGGGAUUUCUGGAGCUGAUCAACAACAUGCUGACAUCAGGCAUGGUCCCUGCUCUCUAUCCUGAUGAUGAGAAAGAUGCCAUCAUCCAGUCGAUGAGAGAUGAAGCCGGUAAGGCUGGUUCAGGCCCUGCAAGGGAGGCCAUCUGGCAGUACUUCGUCACCAAGUGUUCCAACAACCUGCACAUCGUCCUGGCCAUGUCCCCUGUUGGCGACACUCUGCGGACGCGCUGCAGGAACUUCCCUGGGCUGGUCAACAACACCACCAUCGACUGGUUCAUGCCGUGGCCCGAGCAAGCCCUCUACGCCGUCGCUAACGUAUUUGUGGGAGAGAACCAGAUGGUACCAGACCAGCACCAGGAGCAGGUGGUGAGCCAUCUGGUGUACGUGCACCAGUCUGUGGUAGACUACAGCCGGCUCUUCCAGCAGAAGCUGCGCCGCAUCAACUACGUCACCCCCAAGAACUACCUGGACUUCAUCACCUCCUACACAAAACUCCUGCAGGAGAAGGACCAGUACAUCCUCUCACAGUGCAAACGUCUGGAGGGAGGCAUGGCCAAACUCGCAGAGGCCAGCGUCCAACUGAACGAGCUGAACGAGAAGCUGGCUGUGCAGAAGGUGGCCGUGACGGAGAAAACCGCUGCCUGCGAGGCCCUGCUGGAGGAGAUUUCAUCAGGCACUGCCGAGGCCACGGAGAAGAAGAAGUUUGCAGAGGCAACGGCGGUGCAGCUGGAUGAACAGAACAAAGUCAUCGCUGUGGAGAAGAAAGAUGCAGAGGACUCGCUGGCUGAAGCCAUGCCUGCCCUGGAGGCUGCACGACUGGCCCUACAGGACCUGGACAAGUCUGAUGUCACAGAAAUCAGGUCCUUUGCGAAGCCGCCCAAGCCUGUGCAGACGGUGUGUGAGUGCAUCGUGGUGAUGAGGGGGAUCAAGGAGGUGUCCUGGAAGUCUGCCAAGGGCAUGAUGUCGGAGCCGAACUUCCUCAAGUCACUCAUGGAGAUGGACGUGGAUGCCAUCACACAGGGACAGACGAAAACUGUCAAAGGUUUUGUGAAGAGCAUGGCGGUGUCAGUAGAGGAGAUGUCAGCCAUCAGUCGGGCCGGCGCCGGGAUGCUGAAGUUCGUGGAAGCUGUCAUGGGAUACUGCGACGUGGCCAGGGAGAUCAAACCUAAGAGAGAAAAGGUGGCCCGUCUGGAGAGGAACUACCACCAGUCGAAGCGUGAGCUGGAGAAGAUCCAGAAGGAGGUGCAGGGCCUGGAGGACACGCUGGCCAAGCUCAGUCAGAAGUACGAGGACGCCAUGCGGGAGAAACGGGAACUGCAGGAGGAGGCUGAGAUCAUGGAACGUCGACUCAUCGCCGCAGACAAGCUCAUCUCUGGCCUGGGAUCCGAAAACGUCAGAUGGAGGCGUGACCUCGAGGACCUUAAGGAGCAGCGAGUGCGUCUCCUUGGCGACUGCCUCCUUGCCUCGGCCUUCCUGAGCUACCUGGGCGCCUUCAGCUGGGACUUCCGACAGGACCUGCUGUUUAAGGAGUGGGAGACGGACGUGGUGAACAAGUCCAUCCCGCUGUCUCAGCCCUUCAAGCUGGACGUACUGCUCACCAACGAUGUGGAAGUCAGCAAGUGGACGUCGGAGGGCCUGCCCCCAGACGAACUCUCCAUCCAGAACGGUAUCCUCACGACCAAUGCCUCCCGAUUCCCGCUCUGUAUCGACCCGCAGCAACAGGCACUCAGCUGGAUCAAGAAGAAGGAGGAGAAAAACAACCUCAAGGUAUCUUCCUUCAACGACCCAGACUUCCUGAAGCAGCUGGAGCUGGCCAUCAAGUACGGCUUCCCCUUCCUGUUCAAGGACGUGGACGAGUACAUCGAUCCUGUCAUCGACAACGUGCUGGAGAAAAACAUCAAAGGUGCCCAGGGCAGGCAGUUCAUUGUGCUGGGAGACAAGGAGGUGGACUACGACCCCAGCUUCAGGCUCUACCUCAACACCAAACUGUCCAACCCCAAGUACAGCCCUGCUGUCUUCGGCAAGGCCAUGGUCAUCAACUACACUGUCACACUCAAGGGUCUGGAGGACCAGCUGCUGAGUGUGAUUGUCGGGUUUGAGAGAAAGGAGCUGGAGGAACAGAGAGAAAGGCUCAUCCAGGAAACAAGUGACAACAAGCGUCUGUUGAAGGACCUGGAGGACUCCCUGCUGCGAGAGCUGGCCACCUCCACAGGAAACAUGCUGGACAAUGUGGAGCUGGUUCAGACUCUGGAGGAGACCAAGAGCAAGGCUUCAGAGGUGACAGAGAAGCUGAAGCUUGCAGAGAAAACCUCCAUCGACAUCAACAAGCUCCGUGACGGCUACCGUCCUGCCGCCCGGCGCGGUGCCAUCCUGUACUUUGUCCUGUCUGAGAUGGCCAUCAUCAACACCAUGUACCAGUACUCGCUGGCAUCGUACCUGGAGGUGUUUGACUUCUCGCUGAGGAAGAGCCUGCCCGACUCCAUCCUGGUGAAGAGACUGAAGAACAUCAUGGACACGCUCACGCAUAAUGUGUACAACUACGGCUGCACUGGUCUGUUUGAGAAGCACAAGCUCCUCUUCUCCUUCCAAAUCUGCAUCAAGCUGCAACAGAACGAGGACAAGUGUCCGCAGGAGGAGCUGGACUUCUUCAUCAAGGGGAACCUGUCGCUGGAGAAGAGCAAGCGGCGCCGGCCGUUCGACUGGAUCCCGGAGCAGGGCUGGGAGGACAUCAUCAGGCUCACCGAGUCCUUCCCCGAGGCCUUCGGGUCCAUGGCAGAGGACAUAGAGCGCAACGAGAGGACAUGGAAAGAGUGGUACGAUCUGGACGCCCCGGAGGCAUCCCCGUAUCCAAUGAAAUACAAGGACAGCCUCACCGACUUCCAACGUCUCAUGCUCCUGCGGUGCUUCCGCGUUGAUCGCGUCUACCGCGCCGUCACCGACUUCGUCACGGAGAAGAUGGGCGAGAAGUACGUAACGCCCCCCGUCGUCAGCUUCGAGGCCAUCUUCGAGCAGAGCACGCCGCUGUCGCCGAUCGUGUUCAUCCUCAGUCCCGGGUCCGACCCGGCCGGAGACUUGUUCAAGCUGGCCGAGAGAUCCGGGUUCGGCGGGAACCGGCUCAAGUACCUCGCCAUGGGACAGGGACAGGAAAAGGUGGCCCUGCAACUGCUUGAGACGUCGAUUGCUCGUGGCCAUUGGCUGAUGCUGCAGAACUGCCAUCUGUUGGUUCGCUGGCUGAAGGACCUGGAGAAGGCUCUGGAGCGGAUCACCAAGCCCCAUCCCGACUUCCGGCUCUGGCUCACCACCGAACCCACACCCGAGUUCCCCAUCGGCAUCCUACAGCGAUCACUAAAGGUUGUGACAGAACCUCCGAACGGCCUGAAACUGAACCUGAGGAACACGUACCACAAGAUCACGGCGACCGCGCUGGGCGACUGUCCCCACGAGUACUUCCCCGCCCUGGUGUACGUGCUAGCCUUCUUCCACGCCGUGGUUCAGGAGCGAAGGAAGUACGGCAAGAUCGGCUGGAACAUUCCCUAUGACUUCAACGAGUCAGACUUCCAGGUGUGUAUGUCCAUCCUCCACACCUACCUGCGGAAGGCGUGCGAGCAGGGAGACCAGAAGGUGCCCUGGGCCAGUCUCAAGUACCUGAUUGGAGAGGUGAUGUACGGUGGGAGGGCCAUUGACAACUUUGACCGUCGCAUCCUGUCCACCUACAUGGACGAGUACCUCGGAGAUUUCAUCUUUGACACUUUCCAGCCUUUCCACUUCUACUUCAAUGAUGAGGUUGACUACAAGAUCCCAGAGCUGGGACCAAGGGACAACUACGUAGAGGAGAUUGAGAGCCUGCCGUUGGCCAACACGCCCGAGGUGUUCGGCCUGCACACCAACGCAGAGAUCGGCUACUACACACAGGCCGCCAAGGACAUGUGGACCAACAUGGUGGACCUGCAGCCACAGACAGGUGGUUCGAGCACUGGCAUCAGCCGUGACGACUACAUCAGCAACAUCGCGGGAGACAUCCAGAAGAAGCUUCCCGCCAUCUUCGAGCUGGACAAGAUCAAGAAGAAGUACGGAGUGGACAUCUCGCCGACCACCGUGGUGCUGCUGCAGGAGCUCGAGCGCUUCAACAAACUCAUCUCCGUCAUGGGGAAGACUCUCGCUGAGCUGCAGAGGGCGCUGAAGGGUGAGGUGGGAAUGUCCAACGUGCUGGACGAGGUUUCCCGGUCCCUGUUUAACGGACAGAUCCCCGCCGUGUGGCGCAAGCUCGCCCCCGACACGCUCAAGUCUCUCGGCAACUGGAUGAUGCACUUCCAGGGCAGGUUCGAGCAGUACUCCACAUGGAUAAACGAGGCUGAGCCAGCCGUGAUGUGGCUGUCUGGUCUCCACAUCCCCGAGUCGUACCUCACGGCGCUUGUACAGGCCACCUGUCGUAAGAACGGCUGGCCGCUGGACCGCUCUACGCUCUACACCAACGUCACCAAGUUCCCAACUGCCAACGAUGUCACAGAGACCGCUCACCAAGGGUGCUUUGUGUCCGGGCUGUACCUGGAGGGAGCUGCCUGGGACAUGGAGAACAGUUGUCUGAUCCGACAGCCGCCCAAGGUGCUGCUGCAGCCACUGCCUAUUCUCAAGGUUAUUCCCAUCGAGGCGCAUCGUCUGAAGCUCCAGAACACGUUCCGGACGCCCGUCUACACGACUUCCCAGCGCAGGAACGCCAUGGGAGUCGGUCUCGUGUUUGAGGCAGACUUGGCGACAACCGAACACUCCUCUCACUGGGUACUGCAGGGCGUCUGUCUCAUUCUCAACUCUGAUUAGAACUCUCCAUCAGCAGCUGGGCAGAACGUACUGCACCUGCCCAAAACCCUGACAUAUGUUGUGCAUAGCACUUCAGCAAAACUUCUCACAUAAGGUCGUAUUCGCCUAUAUAAGGUUAACAUCCUGUCUGUAGUUUCCAAAUGUUAUGUGGGAAAAGAUAUCUUCUGCAACAGGCAAAAUUCUGAUCCAACGUUGACCAAAAAUCCAACAAAAACCGUCCAACUUUCUGGUGCAGAGAUUACUUUACUUCUCAACUGUUGCUUAAGUUGUUGAGUUGAAUAGAAAAGAUUGUCUUCAGUUCAGAAUCUUUGCACCAAGAAAAAAUGUUCAAGCUAAAUGGUCCCAUCGUGUUUAUUUUUAUUAGUUUACUUUUUCAAGAAGAAUGACCAAUCUUUUAUUUUCCACUUGUCAAAUUCUACUGCUAUGAAACAAAUUCAAGUGUUGUGAAGUUUACUUUGUUCACAGAAGAUUGAAUUUAAGUUUUUGUGACUUAAAUAACAGAAUGAUGAGUUCAAACAAGUUUGAUGUACUUUGUUUUUGCAUUGCAUUUUGCAGAAUACGUGAUAUGAAAAGCACAAAGUCUUGCUUUCCAAGAAUGUUGUAGCACUUGUAUGUAUUAUAGCUUUAUCCACGUGCUUUUGUAAGCCGAGUGCCCACCAAGUACAAAAAAGAUAUGCUGCUAAUAGUUGUUAAACACAUGUGGGUUGGUGAUCUUUCAUCACAUUGAUACAAAUACCUAUAGGACACAUACAUGUAUACGGCUCUUAGUAGAGAAGUACAAAACUACAUGUACUUAAGACAAACAGUAAUGAUUUUUAAAUCCAACAUCAGUUCUUUAACACACAGUGCCUUCUAUGCAACCAAGUUGUAAGAUUUACAUGUAUAACAUACCACACAAUGUUUUUGUGUAUUUAUUUGAUGUUUUGACUGCAAAGAUGUAUAGAUUAUCAUCAGAACUGUAUAGUACAUGGAAUGGUGAAUGUUUGUAUAUGGAAGAUGAUUGAAAAUUAUAUAAUUUUGUUGUAAUGAAUUUGUGUAGUUGUCCACAGCCACUGAAUGUUUAAUGUGAAAUUCUACAGCGAGCUAUUUUAGAUUGAACCUGGGUGUAAGAUUAUAUUUUUCUAUGUGCCACAAAAUAAAUGUGUUGUUAUCAAUAAUUA